AAAGAGUUCUUUCGAUUUCUGCAAUUCCUAACAAGGGCUGAUUUUCAUUGAUCAAGUUUGACAGUCCGCAGUUUGCCCACAGCAUGAUCCCGAAUUCCCCUUAAUCUUCGGUCCGCUGGUCGCGUUGCGCAGUCAGUCAGCUCGGCACUAUCAACCACCCCUACCACCGUGGCCUCGCCUUUCCCCCAACCCCGCCGGCGAAUCCCUCGAGGCUGUUUCGGAUCAUGACAUCAGUGUUAAUAUCCAAUCUGCGCUGCUAUAUAAUGGUCAAUAGUCAUUGAUAUCGAUUAUGGAUGAACUACCCGACCACCCCAGCCAGCAAGUAUCAGACACGAUCACCCAUGUGGCCGCGCCGGGCGGACAGGAAACCCCAGUAUCUCCCCGGAAGAGAGAACAUGAGAGCGGCAUGGAUCGCGAAGGUCAUAGCUUGGGGGUUGGAAAGUCUCGGCAAAGCAGACCGGUAGAUUCGCACCGCGAGGAUAAGGAGGAUCAUGCCAACGGUCCAUUAAGCCGAACCAUGCAACAAGAAAGAUCCGCAACAUCGGAUACUAUGAGUGCUCACGAGCGGAGCAAUAAGGAGGAAGCCACGCACCGAUUUGGUGCGCCUGUCAGCGACCACGACCUAAAUAGGUUUCCCAGCCAACCCACGGUGAACGGCGACCAGAAAAGCGGUCAGCCAGUGCUUCCUUCAGACCAGGCCCUAGGGAUGAUCUUCGAACACUUGUUGGAGGGCUCGGACAGCGCAGAUCAUCGUACGACAUCGAGGACCUCUUUAGUGGAUGUUUUCGAAGGUCCCGAUGUAGCUUCUGUCGUCCAUUGGUGGUCGCAGAACACAUCCCCUGUCAGGAACCAAGAUAAGGAGCAGGAGCGGGUAGUUAAGCUUUCUCCGGCCAGGAUACAGGAACUCACAUCAUCCCCUCAGUCUAUUCCUUAUCGUGCAGCACCCCCGGAGUCGGAUCGCGGUCGACGUGCAGUAUCAGAUGGCAUGCAUGCAGCGAUCUCACCAUCGCAGCCUGACCAAUCUGCAACUCUUCUACCGAAUGAGCACAAGGUAACCGGCGACAGCGUCCCCAAACUUCGUCCCAGCAAGGAUCUAGCCAUCGAUGUCUCUGCUGCCACGGCAGCUAAGCAACCUUCUCGGACUCGGCCGCAAGGCUCUCGGGCUGCAUCUACACCCAGCUCACGACGGCAAACCAUGCCAACAACCAGUGAACGACUGACACAAACUUGGACAUCACGGGGGAAGCAAGAGCGCGCCUCUCUCAGUCGAGAGUCUGAUGGAAAACACCUUACCCCGUCGCCACACAUCACUGGCCCUGAGCCUGCUCUACCGUCCCCUAUGCCUCCAACCAUUCCUCUCCCUCCCUUGUCUGUUCCGACAUACCUACAAUUAGAAUUGGCCUCCGGUCGACCGUCUCCGCUAUACAUUCACCGCUCCGCAAUGAGCGACUUUCCAUAUGAAUCGUCUCGGGUCAAACUUGAACGUCUGAUGAACUUUUUGAUGCUGCCUCCCGCAUUGGAACGAGUCCUCUGGUUUGGUAUCUUAGCGUGUCUCGAUUCUUGGUUGCAUACAUUUACCAUUCUUCCUCUUCGUUUUAUCAAAGCAUUGUAUAUUCUUCUGGAGUCAUGGGCUGUCAAUCUUGGCGUUGAGUUUCGUUAUGUGACAGGUUUCAUUUUCAAAGGUGUUGGGCGAGUGUGGCGGAGACGACACCGAGCAUCAUCGACGGACGAGUCUUCGAAGGUUGCUGACCCUGGAAAGUCGACCUCUGAGAAGCAGGAGAACGGAUCAGUGGAACGAGAGUCUCGCAAUCGGGCCACAGAACUGCGCAAGCGUCACCAUAAGCACCGGCGGCAGAAGAGCAUCCCGUCAGCUUUGAUGCCAGAUGACAAGGCUGACAUUCUUAAAGGGCUGCUCAUCAUAUCUACCUGCUGCGUGUUGAUGCGCUUUGAUGCAAGUCGAAUGUAUCACUGGAUCCGAGGACAGGCUGCGAUCAAACUCUAUGUGAUCUAUAAUGUGCUAGAGGUCAGCGAUCGGUUAUUCGCUGCCAUUGGACAAGACGUGCUUGAGUGCCUAUUCUCGCGGGAAGCUCUGGAGCGUCGCCCGGACGGGCGCAGCAAGGUCUUCCGACCAUUUGGAUUGUUCUUGCUGGCAUUAGCAUACACAGUCAUCCACGCAACGGCCCUCUUUUAUCAGGUGAUGACAUUGAAUGUCGCGGUGAAUUCGUAUUCAAACGCGCUCAUUACCCUGCUGCUUUCAAACCAGUUUGUGGAGAUUAAAUCCACGGUAUUCAAGAAAUUCGAGAAAGAGAAUCUCUUCCAGCUUCUCUGUGCAGACGUGGUUGAGCGGUUCCAGCUCUGGUUGAUGCUUACCAUCAUCGCGUCGCGAAACCUUGUUGAGACUGGAGCAUUCAAUGCCCUUGGUAGCUUGAGCUUCAGUCUUGGAGGCUACACAUCCACGGGGACCAACAGCACGCCCCUAUCGACUCCUCCCCGGACCUCCUCAUCUAUCCUGCCACAGGCCUUUACAAUUGUGCCAUCAUCAAUAAUUGCGUCCUUCAGUCAGGUGAACACGUACCUGCCGACUCUCGCACAGGUUCUAGGGCCGUUCUUGGUCGUUUUAGGUUCGGAAAUGCUAGUGGAUUGGCUAAAGCAUGCCUACAUUGGCAAAUUCAACAACACGCGGCCAGCCAUCUACGGACGGUUUCUGGAUAUUCUGGCGAAGGACUACUACACCAAUGCCUUUGCAGACCAGAACCUGACCCGUCGCUUAGGUUUGCCGGUGAUCCCACUGUCUUGCCUCUUCUUCCGAGUCUCCGUCCAAACGUACCAGAUGUUCAUUACUGCCUUGCUUCCUCAACAACCCUCCUCCACAGCAGUAGAGGCCACCACCCUAUCCGCUAUCCACAGCCAGUACGUGCCGGCUCCAAUGCCCUCACCUCCUCCAUUAACGCUGCGAAACUUUAUCCCGACGUCAACCGCCUACGUGGGUGCCUUCUUCCGCCAACUUCUAGCCAACACCAUGCCAUCGCCCGCCCAAUCCGUCUACAUCUUCACCAUAGUCCUCAUCUUAACAGGCUUCGUGGUCCUCCUAAUCCUGAAGCUUCUCUUGGGUAUGGUCCUGCUAGCGUACGCUCGAUCUCGAUACAAGGCGAUGAAGCUGCGCGAAACAUCAACUCAAGCCAAUGCCCCAUCGGCAGCACCUGCUGAUGAACCCAACGGAACAGCACCCCGUGGACGAGCAUUUGCAGUUGAAGGCGGCCGACGAUUCGGCGGAUGGGGCGUAGUCGAGGUCAACGAUGACCAUCGACGAUGGAUCUAUGCGGAUGACCCUGAGGGGCUGCGUCGGCUGAAGGCCAAAGAAGAGAAAGACAAGAAUACCAAGGAGGACCUGAAUAUGGAUCAUGUCCAACGCUACGAGAUGGUAGCUAAGAGAAUCUGGUAAAUGGCAAAUAACAAACUUUGUAAUUG